GAUGCCCCGGUAUAAACAGCAAACAACCAAUGUUUGGCCAGUCUUUCCUGUCAGUCGCCUUUAUUUGAGAAAUGUUGUAAUGCUUUUUAAUUUACAACCCAACGCCUUCAUUAACAGCCUUAAUAUCUGUUCUCGCUUUCCCUAAAUCAUUGUGGCGAUAAAAAAAAAAAAGAAACACUUGUUUACGACUUCUGACCUUGGCUCCAGCCUAGCUUGAUACUAGCCGCCUAGUUUCAGUCCUAACUUUAUUUAUUUUUAUUGUUUUCUGCAGGAAAAAUGGAAGAUGAAGCCUACACGGACAUUUAUGGCAAACCAAUAUCUCUGGAUUGUCAAAACCACUGCAGCAUUUGCAGAGAGUUUACUGUCAGCUCGUCCAAAAUGUCCAUCGGCAAGGUGAUGGUGUACACUUGCUCCGUUUGGCUGGCUGCCUAUGCGGUGUUCUUCUUCACAGAGAACACAGCCGUGCUCACCGGUGCCAUUCUGCUCACUCUGUUGGGAAUGAUGCUGCACAUCCACUUGGUGAAGGUGGACCACGAAUCGGUGCUCAUCAUUGGCUCGGUGGGCAUCCAAGUAUCCUCCAGCUACGCGUCGGGCCGGGAGACGAGCACUUUUAUUGAGAUGAGUCAAGUCAAGGAUGUGGUCAUCAACGAAGCCAUUUACAUGCAUCAGGUCAUCUACUACCUUUCCAUACUGCUGAAGAACCCCUCCGAUUCCGAUGGCGUGUCAAACGUGGUGCCGUUGUUUCAGAGCUCAAAACCAAGGCUCAACUGCUUGAUUCAAGUGUACAAAAGCUGUCAGGAGAUUCUGUCAAAGUGCUGACAGACAGCUCACCCACAGCCAGGCCAGAUCCUCCUUUGUAGUGACUAUAAUAUUUAUUAAUGUAAUAGUAAGAGGUGCAUUAUUUGCCAUGUUUUUCUUCCCUGGUUACUAAGUGUAUAUAUUCACCUCUGCCCUUAUAAUGUGCUAAAUCUUGACAUACCAAAUGAUAGACUGACCAUAAAUUAUGUCAAAAUGAAAUGUAGUGUUAUAUUUUUAACCAAAUUUUUCAAAACUCCUGUUACUUUCAAUAUUUACAUAUGAAAUAUUUUGUAAUAAAUCUGACAGAACA